AAAUAAAUGUAUAUAAAUGGAUUUUUCAAAAUAUUUUCGAUUACCGUGGUUAUAGCCAUUAGAAUACGUAAAUUAUUGUACCUAAUGCACAUCUCUUCUAAUAAUUAUGUUUUCGUAAAUUAUACUUUUUUUUUUGUAAACAAUUGUACGCUUUACAUGCAAAGAAUUGAAACUCUGAAAAAAUUUGAGAAAAUUAUAAUAUAUUCCUUGAAUUUUUCUUUUAAAGCACAGGCUUUAUAUUAUAUUAUAUGAGAUAUAUGAUUUUCAACAACGAUAGAAAUGUUAUUUAAAAAAGUGAUCGAUUUCGCAUGGCAUGAAUUAUAUAUUUAACGACGCAAUCUUUUAAAUUUGGCGCGGCAUAUGUAUAUAUCUUACGUAAUCUCAUAUACCUAUUAUUACUACUGCGCAUGCGCGUAUCCCAUAGCAACGCGUUCCGCUGUAUACGAAACAUAUGAUGUGUGUUAAUCCACAAGGACAGAAGUGAUCACAGUACUUGCUCGUUUUGUUAAAUAGAUUAUAAUUGAGAUACCAAGAAAAAUAUUAUUUUAAUUUAUAAAAUAAUGUCAGUGGAAGGGGAGUUUUUCUUAUCUGUUACAGGCUCAAUUGAAUAUGCAGAAUUCUACAAUGCCGAUAAUGCAUAUUGCAAGUACGGGUUUCAUUUUGGAUCCGAAUGGAGCGUUGUGGCAGGAAUUGAAGAAGGUCUGACACAAAUGUGCAAACGCAGUAACGAUCCCAGAAAUGUUAUUGUUUGGAACUUCCCAUUGGAAAUUACAUUCAAAAGCACAAAUCCACAUGGAUGGCCACAACUGAUAAUGUCUAUUUACGGAUUAGAUAUGUUCGAUCACGAUGUUAUUGAAGGUUACGGUGUAUGUCAUUUGCCUCUUAUAACAGGACAUCACGAAAAAAAAGUUUCCAUUUAUGUUCCUCAAUCGUCUUCUACGUUGCAACAAUUCGCUGCUUGGUUGACAGGAAAAAGACCUGAAUUAAUUGAUCCAGCCAUAUUGGCCAGUGGUGGUGGACGAGAAUAAUACGCAAAGAUUGUGGACCUUCAGCGAAUUUGGAAUUUAUUUAAACAUUUAUUAUUUAUGAAUUCAACAACGACAAAAGUUUCUGCCGACUGUAUUUUAAAUGUUUAGGGGAAGGUCUCAAGAAAUCACGUAAAUCACAAAAACGUGGAUUGCGUCAAAUAUCAAAGACGCGAGGGGAUUUUCCAGAACAAUAAAACAUUUAUUUGCCGGAUUUAUAGAGAUUCUCUCGUGGGAAAAUUCGUUAAGUGAGUUUGCACAAAAUUCACUAUCAUCUUUUAUGCGGAAGAAGGGUGCUGACUAAUAGUCAAUUUUUGGAGGGAACUUAAUCUUUAUGAAUCAUCCUACAAGGAAUAUAAAAAAUCUAUUUUUUACUUGCAAGAAAGGAAAGAAAUAUUUCUUCAGUCGUAUAUUAUAUAUAUUCAAUAAGUCCGAAACCAAAACAUUAAAUAGUAUCAAUAAAUUUCGUUUCAUGAAAUUACAGUUGCGAUCUAUCGUUCGUAAUUACAAGUUGUAAAUUACAUGUAGAUCGUUACUAACCGACUCAUCGGGUAAAUGAAAAAUACCCGAAUAUGAAAAAUACUCGAGUACUCUACAAAUGUUACCAGGAUAGUUUCAGAUAACUUAUAUUUUUCUAUGAGAUAAUAAAACUUUAAAACAAUUAAUUAUUUUAAAUUAGAUAUUCUUAUUUUUGUAUAGUUAUAUCGAUAAAGCAAUAUUUUCAAUUAAUAGAUAAUUAUAUUUUGAGCUAACAAUAUUUGCAGCGAUUGAAAAUCAAUAGUAAAAUGAAAGUUACAGUCUUUGAAAAUACGUGCAAUAUAAGUAUGGCUGUAACUCUAUCAGAUUUGUAUUUUUUAUUUACCUGGGUAUCUUACCAAGUAUCCGGAUACAAUAGUACUUGAGUAAUAUCUUAUAUUUCAAGAUAGAACCGGGUACUUGAGUAUUUAAGAACCAUUGUAUAGAUCAUCUAAAAUUGAAAGCGUGAAUAUAUAUCUUGGUUAUUUUUUAUGAUAGAAAAAAAAUUGACUAAAAAAUAUCUUUACAAAAUAGAACAAUUAUAUGUCUGUAACUAAUAAUGCUGUAAAUAGAUCUAUUGCAUCGAUGAGCUUUAAAAGGUUAUAUCUUUUUAAUAAUGAUCAAAAUAGGAGAGUAGGUUACGAAUUUACCUUGGUUUCGAUUAAUAAUUUUUAUAUAAGUAAAAAAAUUAAACUUCAUUUUAAAAAAAUAUCGACUAUCUUCAUAUCAUGAAAAUUAUGAGUUUCAGAUAAAAAUCUAUACCUCGCCUAUGCUAGUUUUUAUUAAAGUAUUCACGCUUUCAGUUUUAAGUGACUUAGUCGAUAGAUAGAUUUUGUUAGUAUCUUUGAAACAUUAUUUUCAUAUUUUUUAAAGUUAUUUUCCAGUAAUUAUUAUACAUGAAAUUCAUAUUUGCCGUAUCAAUUACCUUGACCAAGUAAAACGUUGGUUUAUAUAUCGUGUUUUUGCUAAGUGCAAAUGAAAGAAAUUAACAAAUUAUUAAUAUUACCGGUAUACAAUUUUCACAAAAUUAUUAAACAAUUAAAUUUAUUUUGUUUUAUUUAAUUAUAUAAUGAACGGCAGUCUUAUAAAGUAACCCAAAUGAGAGUGUCCUUUCAUUUUUUAUGUGUAUGGAUUCUUCGUAUCCUGUUUUAAGUAUUAAUUAUAAUAAAUAAGUAUGAUUUGUUGUUUGAGGAAUAUCAGUAUUGUCCACUUUACGAGGCUCGUUCGAAACAGUGCCACGAAUGCUUACGUUUCACAGCAACAAAGAUUAUUUCGAAUGAUACAAUAUUUUCGUCAUAAAUUAAACAAUCUCUGGUAGGGAAACAUUAUAAAGCAACAUGUAAGUCAUUAACAAAAUUUCCUCUCUCUCUCUCUCAAAACUACUUCUAAAAAAAGAAAUCAUCCGAAAGAUCUAGUGACUUAUCUCCCACAUUGAUAUAUCCAUCUCUGGAAUUAAUAUCCAUAAGAAA